UUCCGUCUUUCAUCUUCCAUUGAGCGCCCACAUUCAAACGGCCCCAUCGAUUGCUUUUGCCGACACCAGAUCGGCAUUCUCCGGCGCCAGUGCUCAGCUCCCAUGUCUGAUCUCAAGCCCAAGACCGAGAUCUCGUUCGCGGGAACGUUCGCCAGCAAUGCUUUCGCCGCCUAUGUUGCAGAGAGUAUUGCAGUGGCCUUCAUGUUUCAGUCCCCUCCGCUUCUUUGGGCCAUGCUUCUUAAGUUCCCGUUCGGAAGUGCAUAUUCAGUUGAUAGGCCAAUUAAAUGUUUUGAGAGAGCGGCUGAUAGGUGUCACACGGAUUCACUAUCCAGUAUAGUUGCAUCAUGUUCUUGGGGUAAACAUGUCGCCGUUGGCACAGGAACACCUUUCCAAAUUAUGUGGAGCAAGAAAGAAGUUAGUUUUCUUCCCUUUACCAUUGUUGUUUGAUUG